GAGAGAGAGAGAGAGAGUGUGUGUGUGUGUGUGUGUGUGUGUGAACCAAGCAAAGCUACGCAUACAGAAAACCACUGGACUACGGCUGGAGCUGCAGGACUUAACAUUGUCCACUUUACAAUAGAAAUAUUUAAACAGUUAACAAAAGAAUGGUGACCUGCCAGGAUAUUUUAGAGUUAUGGGAGACCCUACAACAGAAGAGGACAUAAGAGGAUGGAAUGACCAGAUCACUCUCUCGCCCAAUGGUACAGAAGCCAUCAUCAGCUCAAACCUAUCAGUUUCUCACAAGAUCCUGAAUACAACUAUGGAUCAGCCAGAGGAGAAACAACACAAGAUAAAUAACAACGCAGAAGAGAAAUCAGAGAACACAACUGUAAGGUUCUGUUUAAACAGCAGUGCAUCAGUUAACAGUACUACAGAGUCCAGUUCUGCCUUUCUGGCCACACUGACAUCUCUGAGUGAACACAAAGAUCACAUGCUCUUACCUCACAGGUUACAUCAGAUAGCAGAAGCUUAUUUUCUUGAAGAGGACUUUCAGCAGGCUGUACACUUCCUGCAGUUGGAGAGGCUUUAUCAUGAGAGAUUGCUUUCCAACUUGGCCUCCAUGCAGAAAGACUGGGAAUCCGAGUGGAAGGCUGUCACUCGCGGAAAAAAAUGCCCUGUGAAGAUCCACUGUACUGAGAUAGAGACAAAGUGUAUGGACUCUCUGAAUCACAUCUGCAGAACACACCAAAGACCUAAUCACAGUGUGGUGGAAAAGGUAACCAAGGAAAGCAUUACAGUUCAGCAGAGGAAUACAGGAAGCCAUUCUAAAAUGAAUGAGUGGAUAGAGAAUUGGAUUGACCCAGAAGAGGAAACUGAGGAUGAGGAUAAAAUAGAGGAUCCGGAGGCUGAACGUUUGACGGAGGUGGCUAGAAGACGGAAGUUAUCCGGGGAAGAACCGAGUGAGCUCAUCGAAGUUGAGGAGACCUUCCCUUCCAACGGUCUCGUCUCUAUCUUAAAGAAGAGAGACGAAUCCGGUCCUGUCAGUCCGUAUCCACACAGAAACUCCUCCAAAUUCAAAGUGCGCUUCAGCGAAUCAGAUGCCUCACUGGACAACGAUGAUGCGGGUGAAGACUCCUGUUUGUUCUUCCUUGUCCUGUGUGUGGGAACGGUGGUCAUCAGCAUGGGUGGUACCAUGAUCUACUGCUUCCUGGGAAGGGCUUAUUCAAACAUUUGUUCUGAUUUCUCCCACAACAUGGACUUUUACUUUGGGUUUAUACGCCGAGCGGUGAACUCUCUGACACACUGGUUUAUUCCUGCCUCAUCAUAGCACUGCUCCGCUGGCGACACACUCCCGUUGUUCCUUCAUCUGAUCUGUUUGCCUUGUCAAACAGCAGAAACCAAGAAUAGCUCUUUAUCUGGUGAGGACAACAGGACAACUGCAUUCAUGCGUAAAAGUUGGUAGAGGUUCACGAUACACAGAUUGUAUAGAAUUCUCAUUAUAUUAUCUACUGUGUCUGAUUAACUAAUAAUUCUGUUUAUUUUAUUCUAUUUUUUGUUCUUGUAUUUUUUUUAUUAGUGGGCACGGUGUCUUAGUGGUUAGCACGUUCGCCUCACACCUCCAGGGUUGGGGGUUCGAUUCCCACCUCCGCCUUGUGUGUGUGGAGUUUGCAUGUUCUCCCGGUGCCUCGGGGGUUUCCUCCGGGUACUCCGGUUUCCUCCCCCGGUCCAAAGACAUGCAUGGUAGGUUGAUUGGCAUCUCUGGAAAAUUGUCCCUAGUGUGUGAGUGUGUGAGUGAAUGAGAGUGUGUGUGUGCCCUGCGAUGGGUUGGCACUCCGUCCAGGGUGUAUCCUGCCUUGAUGCCCGAUGACGCCUGAGAUAGGCACAGGCUCCCCGUGACCCGAGGUAGUUCGGAUAAGUGGAAGAAGAUGAAUGAAUGAAUGAGUUUUUUUUUAGUGCACAACUUGACAAUAUUCUCACCACAGAAUUUGCUUGAAUCUCAUAGCUAUAAAUCUCAACCUUGUUUUUUUUUAUUCUAUAAAGUCAGACAAUAUUGUAUACUCACAAUAUUUUAUUACUCACAUCUGGAAAUUUCACUGUACUAAUCAUCUAUUUUAUUGUUACAACCGAACCGAUCUUUUUUUUUUUUUUUUUAGGUUGAUUGAACAGACUAGAGAAUCAGCAACACAGGUCCAGAUAAAAAAAAACAGGGCAUUUUGUGUUCUGACACAUUACUCUUAAGAGAAUCUGUUGAUAAUUUGUACAUAAUUAUGGCUAGACUUUUUUUUAUUUAUUUUUUUUUAAUGAAAAGCAAUGAAAAACAUCUUCGCAUUUCAUUCAUUCACGAACUUUAUUGUUAAUUAUGUUCGCUGUUUUCAAAUUUUUUUAAUAGUAUUGUUAAACGUGACAUUCCCGCCUCCACCUUGUGUGUGUGGAGUUUGCAUGUUCUUCCCGUGCCUCGGGGGUUUCCUCCGGGUACUCCGGUUUCCUCCCCCGGUCCAAAGACAUGCAUGGUAGGUUGAUUGGCAUCUCUGGAAAAUUGUCCGUAGUGUGUGAUUGUGUGAGUGAAUGAGAGUGUGUGUGUGCCCUGCGAUGGGUUGGCACUCCGUCCAGGGUGUAUCCUGCCUUGAUGCCCAAUGACGCCUGAGAUCGGCACAGGCUCCCCGUGACCCGAGGUAGUUCGGAUAAGGGUAGAAGAUGAAUGAAUGAAUGAAUGAAUGUUAAACGUGACCUCAUUCACACAGACAUGGAUAAGUGGAUCGUAUAAUGGAUAUCACUCUUUAUGCCAAAUACGUACAAAAUGAACAGGAAUACAGACGUACCUGAAAUCUUUGACACCCGUAAAAAUGAUAUGUAUAAAAUGAUUCCCUGCACUCCUCACAUAUGCAAACGACUCCAUGCUGCUUAGUACAAAACUGUAUAUUUUAAUAUUAAACCAUAUAAAGAUGCAUCACACAGCACACAGCAUGGAAACCCAAAGACAGUGUCAUGUAAACUUUAGGUUAAUCAUCAUUUACUCUAUAGUGUUUGCAUCAUUUUAUAUAAACUUUAUUACAAAUAAAUAAAGACUCACCUCAAAGUG